AUGAGUCAUGAUGUUGGUUGGGCUGUUAUUUUUCAUAAGGGUAGAAAGGAAGUCGCCGAACGUACACCUUCACUCUGGCUGACACCACAGAAUUCAGCUCUACAUCCACGUUACACGACUAAUAUUGAUAUGAAUCGGGGAAUUGAUGGUAUUUUGGGUAAUGAAAUUUUGCUUAACCAAUGGUAUCAUGUUGCGUACACACUUUCAAAUAUUGAAAAACGAAUGGAUAUAUAUAUAAAUGGUAAAUGGGUUGGAUUUUCAAGUAUCAUAUUAGUUCAGAAUGAAUUUGUUAUAUUCAAUGAUGCACCAUUAUACAUUGGAAAUGAUACCCACUGCAAUGGAAUUAAUGGGCAAAUUAGUGUGGUAACAACUGGAGUUUUAGCCGGUUCAACUGUAGGAUCAUUUUUCUGUGGUAUGAUAUUUAUAACAGGAG